UUAAUUAAUGUAAAUAAUUACAGGUGUUUCUGAUAAUAGGGUCAGUAUAAUCAGAAAAUACAACAGAAACUAACAAACAAGGAAAGGAGGAGCAGUUGAGCAAUAGCAUUCGUAGUGAUCUAAGUCCAGAGCAGUGACCACCAUCAGUUCCCCGACGAUCAACAUGCAAGAGAAAUGGAUGAUGAGAUUGACAGGAAAGCCAGAAUUCUGUGGGAUUAUCUCAGUCUAAAUCAGACCUUGGAGAAGAGUGAUGUGAUCAUUGGACUUGGCUGCCACGAUACGAGAGUGGCAGAGAGAUCAGCUGAGCUCUUCCUUGAGGGGUUUGCUCCAUGGCUGCUCUUCACCGGUUACCUCGGCAACCAGACUGCAGGCGUGUGGACGCGUCCAGAGGCGGAGGUGUUCCUCGAUAUCGCGUGCGGAAUGGGAGUCCCCCGCAGCAGCAUCCUACUAGAGACUGCAGCAACCAACACCGGACAGAACAUCCGCUUCUCCUACCAGGUCCUACAGAACAACAAUGUCCCGGUCAGUAAGCUGAUUCUAGUACAGCAGCCUUUCAUGGAGCGAAGAGUCAUGGCUACCUUUCUCCGCCAGUGGCCCGGACCAGAGGGACACACUCACACCAUCGUCACUUCACCCCGCUUAGACAUGGCUUCGUAUCCCAAUGCCAGUGUGGGCAGCAAACAUGAUCUCAUCUGCUACAUGCUUGGGGUCCUUAAGCGAAUCCGAGACUACCCACAAAAGGGAUUCCAGGUUAAGCAGGAUAUUUCAACCGAGGCCAUGCAGGCAUACCAGUGGUUCCUAGAGACAGGUUAUCAUCCACACUCCAGAUAGACCAAUACCAAGCUUCAGUGGUAAAUGAUGUCCUUCAUCAAUAAAACGACUGGGAUGGUAUUUCAGAAAGCGCUCUGACCCUUGACCACAUCAUAGUUCAUAAGAAGAGGGUAAUUCCUAAAGUUUCCAGAGCAAUGUUUUAUGAAAAGUAGGAUAAUGAAAUAACGUCAAGUGUGAAGACUGUGUGCAAAUUAAGGCUACACGAUUUGGAGAAAAUAUAUAUUUUUCAGACAGAUAUUGUGAUUGUGAUUUGAUUUGUGAUAUUUUUGAAAGUCAAGCUUCAAGCCAAAUUUCACUUUUUAAGUUGGGCCACUUCUAAUUGGUGAGCAUGCCUUGUGCAUGAGAAGCACAACACUCCUGUUAGGUGAGCUUCAUUGUCUGUCACAGUCAAAGGCUGCAUUAAGUCUGCAUGGUAAAUAUGACUCCAUUCUGUUAGUAUCGUUGCCAUCAGAUAAGUCAUGUUAGUGUUCAUACAACAAAUGUAUCUCUGUAUAUAAAUAAGAUAUAGAUUUAUUCAUACAUCAUUUAUGUAUUGAUCCCAUAACAAAGUUUAAAGUUUUUUUUUUAAGUUUUGUUUAAGUUUCGCAAAUUCACCUAUCCAUUCACACCGAGAUUGCAACAAUAUUUUUUUUAAAAGAUUAAGUGCUUUAUCCCUUCAUCUGUUAUGCAUUAUAUGAUAAAAAAAAGUUUAGUGGCCUCUCAGUAUGUUUUGCUAACCAAACAUUUUUGCAGAUUUUGACUUUAGAGUCAUGUUUCUGUAAUCUUAGAUUACUGACCAAUAGUCACCUCCUUGCCAUGUUCACACUCUGGCCGUUUUAAGGGUAAAUUGCUUGCAUGAGGUGUGAAUCCAGCUGUUAAGGUAGUUGCUUUAUUUGGUAUCUGUACACAGAUAUGCAGGCACCAAAAGCCAGGUGUGUGCACAAUAGCAGCCCUGUAUAUCCGGAUCUGCUGUGGAAAUGUAUGCAAAUGUUUUCAAAAGCAAAAAAAGUAUGUGAAGAGAUUCCACCUCUUUGCCACCCUUGUGUUACUGAAUGAUAAAAUUCACAUACAGUAUGUAUUGCAUGUAUUGCAAGUAAACCAGAAGAGUAUUAAAUCCAUUUUUUAAACCAUAGAAAAAUAAUAGAAAUUAAAUGGCACAUUGUUUAUUGCCAAAUAUUAAAGGAUCAUGUCACAAAUUCAUAUUGAACUAAUUUAAUAUAUGGAACAUAUUCACUGUUGCAUUUAAAUAACCUCAAUUCUAUUCCAUUGUAAUAGCCUUCAUGUUCAUCAUCAUGUCCUGAAUCUUCAUCAUCUUGACCAACUGGGCUGAUGUUUUAAAGAUUUUUUUUCUCAUUUUACAGCUGUCCUCAUAUGAAUUGUUGCAUUUUACAGAACUGUGAAUUUAACUCUUCAGCCUUAUGUUGUUUUGUAUUCACUACAACCACCCUGUAAAAUAAGGGGACAGAAAUCAA